UAUUAUUAUUUAUUUAUUGUUUUUAAUAAAGAAAUGAUGAUGUACCUUAUUGUUACAAUCGAGUUCGUUAUAUUCGAGAUGCUUGUAAAGUAUUAUCUGAUCUUUGGAAAACCGAUAAAGAUUUUGUAAGUUAAGUAAAAAUAUUUAUUUUGAAAAAAAAAACAAAUGAAAUUUAUUUUUAGUUAAAUAUAAGUAUUGAUAAUGAUGUAUCAAAAUCAUUCAAAGAAUUUCGUUUGAAUGAUGUUGCACGUUCUUAUCGUUUACCAUAUGGAACAAGUGGAGCUUCAUCGAUUUUAAAAAUCAAACAGUUGAUGAUUUAGUUCAAAUACAUGAUUUUAUUGAUUCAAAAAGAAAAGAAUGGCUUGAACAAUUAAAAAAAAUUAUUGAACAAGCCAGAGAUAAACAAUCAACUAUUCGUCGAACGAUGACUGAAUUUCGAGAUAAUUAUGAAAAAGCUCAACAAAAAUUAGAAGCAGCUGAUGCCAAUUGGAAAAAAUUUCAAACACGAUCUGAUCGUUUAACAUUACCAAAUUUUGAUGAACGUUUACGUGAAUUAGAAGAUAUUCGUUGUGAAUGUGAAUAA